CGACGCUCCAAGAACGGCGGUCCGCACCGGAAAUCCGGUUCGUGGCGGAAGUCCGGCGAGCGCUGUCAACAUGGCGGCGCGCAGCAGGUCGGGCUGACGGCUGCGCUCCGCUGCCCGCGAAGCGACGCCACCGCUCGCGGCUACGAAGCCCGCGGCGACCGCGGAAUCCCGACGAAGGCGGCGGUGGGCAUCCUUGCUGGCGUUUAACACGGGGGCCGGGGCCGCAUGGGGCAGCAACAGGCGAAGGGCGGCGAGGCGCGCAGGGCCACGCUGCCCCGGCCCUUCAAAGCGAGGAAAGACGUAGCGGCUGCCUCGUCCGCCUUCAUCAUCACCCCGUCUUCGUGCUCCUCCGUCGUCGUCGUCGUGCCCUCCUCGUCGUCCUCCUCCUCCUUGUUUCCCGGAGCCACGGGGCGCCACUCCGCAGCCGCGACGCCGUGCAAUGUGUUCGAGGAGCAUGAAGCCCUGCACCAGCCCAGCGACGGGGAUGGAGACGGCCCGAGCCUCCGGGAGGCCGUGCGCUGGAACUCCAAGGAGAACCUCCUCUCCGUCCCCGGGGACCCCGACGACACGAACCUCUUCGUGGCGCUCUAUGACUUCGUGGCGAGUGGCGACAACACGCUCAGCAUCACCAAAGGCGAGAAGCUGCGUGUGCUCGGCUACAACCAGAACGGCGAGUGGUGCGAGGUGCACUCCCGCAACGGCCAGGGCUGGGUGCCCAGCAACUACAUCACGCCCGUCAACAGCCUGGAGAAGCACUCGUGGUACCACGGCCCCAUCUCGCGCAACGCCGCCGAGUACCUGCUCAGCAGCGGCAUCAACGGCUCCUUCCUGCUGCGCGAGUCGGAGAGCAGCCCCGGGCAGCUGUCCAUCUCGCUGCGCUGCGAGGGGCGCGUCUACCACUACCGCAUCAACACGGCGAGCGACGGCAAGUACUUCGUGAGCUCGGAGAGCCGCUUCAGCACGCUGGCCGAGCUGGUGCACCACCACUCGAGCGUGGCCGACGGCCUCAUCGUGCCGCUGCACUACCCGGCACCCAAGCGCACCAAGCCGACGGUGUACGGCGUGUCGCCCACGUACGACCGCUGGGAGAUCGAGCGCACCGACAUCACCAUGAAACACAAACUCGGCGGAGGGCAGUACGGGGAGGUGUACGAGGGCCUCUGGAAGAAGUACAGCCGCACCGUGGCCGUCAAGACUCUCAAGGAGGACACGAUGGAGGUGGAGGAGUUCCUCAAAGAAGCUGCCAUGAUGAAGGAGAUCAAACACCCCAACUUGGUGCAGCUGCUCGGCGUGUGCACGCGGGAGCCGCCCUUCUACAUCGUCACGGAGUUCAUGACGCACGGGAACCUGCUCGACUACCUGCGCGAGUGCAACCGCGACGAGGUGACAGCCGUGGUGCUGCUCCACAUGGCCACGCAGAUCUCCUCUGCCAUGGAAUACCUGGAGAAGAAGAACUUCAUUCACAGGGAUCUGGCGGCGAGGAACUGCCUGGUGGCCGAGAGCCACAUGGUGAAGGUGGCCGACUUCGGGCUGAGCCGGCUCAUGACGGGCGACACGUACACGGCACGCGCCGGCGCCAAGUUCCCCAUCAAGUGGACAGCACCCGAGAGCCUGGCCUACAACAAGUUCUCCAUCAAGUCCGACGUGUGGGCCUUCGGAGUGCUCCUGUGGGAGAUCGCCACCUACGGCAUGUCCCCCUACCCCGGCGUCGACCUCUCCCAGGUCUACGAGCGGCUGGAACGCGGAUACCGCAUGGAGCAACCCGAGGGAUGUCCACCCCGCGUCUACCAGCUCAUGCAAGCCUGCUGGCAGUGGAACGCAGCAGACCGGCCAUCCUUUGCUGAGAUUCACCAGACGUUCGAGACCAUGUUCCAUGAUUCCAGCAUCUCAGAAGAGGUGGAGAAGGAGCUGGGGAGGAACGGAUCGUCGUGCAUGCAGGCACCCAAACUGCCUGCCAAGAAGGGGUCCAUCAGGAGGCCGCCCGAACGUGGAGACGCCGGCGCGACGCUUGGCGCCUCUCUGGCGUCCUCAGAGACCAUCCCCAAACGAGACCCUGCCUGCUUCAGUUCGCCACAGCUGCCGCGGAAGAUGCGCGACGUCCUGAGCAAUGCAAGUGGUGGCGGCAGCGCGGCAACAAUGGGCGGGGCGACCCUGGACGACUCCGACGUCCAUGGCGGGGGCUUCCCGCCGUCGUCAACCGCCGCCUCCUCUUUCUUCCUGCCGUCCUUCAAGGCCAAGAAGAAGAAGACGGCGCCGGCUCCUCCCAGGCGCAGCAGCUCCUUCCGUGACGCGGACGGCCAGCCGGAGAGGGCCGAGGAGAAUGGCAGCUUUGGGCCGCUCUGCUCGUCCGAGGAAUUCCUGGACGCGCGCGCCACGUUCACGCGCGGUGACGCCAGGGAGAAGGAGAACCGGCUCGCGCCGGUCUCUCCGUUCUGCACUCUGCGGCCGCUGCCCAAGGCCUCGCCGCAUGGCAAGGCGCGGCACAAUGUGGUUCAGCAGCAACUGCAGCAGCGUUUGGAGAAGCAACAGCAGCAGCAGCAGCAGCAGCAGCAGGCGGUUGCGACUUUAUCACUCGACCGUUUUUCCAGGUCUUCAUCCAUGUCGUUCUCCAACGAGGGCGGGUCGGGCGACAUGGAGCGCAAGUGUCACACGCUGCCGCUGGACGGCCAGCGGGAGCGAGCGCCGGGCGUGGGCGGCGCCAGGGCCUCCGACAGCGUGGAGAGCACGGUCCAGCCGGUCAAGAAGUGCAGGGACCUGGCGGAGAGGCUGGCGCUCUUCAGCCGAUGUCCUCUGCAGAAGCAGAGAAGCCAAGACAACGGGGAGAACGGCCUGUUCAGGGACGGGGAGGCCAGCGCUCCCGGGACGACGCCCAAAGUGACGCGCAAGCAGCCAGGCACGCAGUUUAAGCAACCGCGCGUGGGCGACGAGGCCGCGGGGAAACCCCAGCCGGGUGGCGUCGCGAAGGCCGGAGGGGGCCCCACCAACAAUACGUUUCCUGGUGCCGUCCGUCUCCUGCCCACCUCAGAGCCCCUGCAGAGGAAGGCCAGGCCGCCCGCAGAAAAGUCUCCACCGCACACAGACCGGGAUAAAGCGCAGCCAUUGGGGCCCCAGCACAAAGCCAAGCCGUCCCACCCGCCGCCCCCGCCGCCCUCGCCGGCCACCAAACCUGUCGGCAAGCCGCCAGCCAGUCCCGGCGCCGAAGGCCAAACCGCGGGCGAGAGCGCGGGCGCCGCCCCUGUCAAACCCAGGUCGCCCCAGCGCGCGGACACUGCAGGCGAUGCCUCGGGCGACGGCGGUGUGAAAAAGCCGCUGAUGCCGCCGGGCACCAAGCCAACGCUCCCGUUAAAACCGCCCGGGACGUCGGCGGCUGGAGAGCAGCAGGCGUCGCUCGUAACCCUGCGCAGGACCGCAAGGCCGCCCGAGAAGCGAUCACCCAGCCCGGACGCUGGCGACGCCACCCUGGUGCCGCCCGCCAGCAGCAAGGAGGGAGUCGUCGAGUGCCUGGACGGCCUGCAGAGGUCGCUGUCCACCGGCGCGACCCAAGCGCAGGCGAUAUUAGAGGCUGGGCAGAAGCUGUCGGAACGGUGCCGGCUGUAUGCGGACUUGGCGCAGCCUGCAAGGAAGUUUGCGCUUUUGACCGCAUUGGGCAAGCUGGAGAGCGGCCUGCGUGAGCUGCAGGGUGGUGGUGGUGUGGGUGGUACGGGCUCACAGGCUCUCACAAGCUUGUUAGCUUGCACCAAGGAAAUUCGGGACAUUGUGAACAGGUAGCUGGUUGUGUGCAUUGUACUUUUAUACAAAUGUGUUUCGGGUCCCUGCACAAUUGCAGCUGUACGAUUGAGCCAAUGGCUUUGCGAGUGAGCAAGCUUUCUCUGUAACCUCCAAGUGGCCCCAAAGAACUUGCCCGUUGGGCCAUCUGCCUUCCCCCCAAGAGCCAUCACUGCAGGUGACCAUCUGCGCUAGCCACGGCACCGCUGCUGUGGGUGGCGCAAACCCAUGGUUGUGAAAGCCAUCGUGACCACAGCAGCAGCAGAGAAUUUGGUACAAGUGCGAGAGCCUCCACGCGGCGAUUUGUUGGUACUUGAUGGACGCGGUGCGAGCAAAAAUUGCGUCCUGCUAUUUGCAAUUGUCGUUGCUGUACCAAAUUAGUUUGUUUUUCCCUUUCAAACUGUUCACGCGAAUGCUUCCCGUGGAACGCACUGCAAUGCGAGCAGCAGGCCAGUGAGCGCGGUUACCAACGUGCCGGGGAUGGGCAGCUGUGCCUAGCAUUGACUCGAGAAGCCGGGCAAAGGGCAGCGCGAUGGUACGUGGUACACGUCAGCCUCUUCUGUGGUCCUACACGUGAAUGCGACCCUGCGGCAUUCCCAGAAAUAACGGCAAGCGUAUGGAACACUGCGGGCGUGUGCGUUUGCGAGCGAGACGAGCAUGCGUGUUUUAAUGCCUGGGUUCGUCCCAGCUCUGUGGUGUGCGUGGUGUACUGUGAUGCGUGGGGUGUGCUCUGCCAAAAACAAAAUGAUUUGGAAGAUGUUACAUUUUGUAAGCGCGCGCCCGGUACAUUGUAAAGAGAACGCAGCGAUUUGGGACCUCGGCCGUGGAAAAACCUGCCGGGUACAAAGUUGCCUUUCGACAAAGGAAACAGAAACAAAUAUAAUAAUAGGUACUGAACAGUGCUUGUUGUGCGGGCUUCCCUAAGGCACAUCCAUGGUGUGCCAUCUUCCUUGGUUCACUCCUGCAAGAUGCGAUUAGCCUGCCGGCGCUUUCCCGACUGUACACCAGGCGUAGAAUGCUUUGCUGCACAUACCCAUGGAGGGCCAGACUUCAAGACCCGCAUACGAAUUAAUAGGGGCCUCCCUCUACACCGAGUGGGCCCUGCGCAUUUUGACACAAUACAAAACAUUAACGCAGUGCCAAGCUUUAGCAAGCUUUUGGACCGUGCUCAUUUGCCCUUCAUGGUUAUAUAACCAUCAAGGGGUGGAAAUCCCUCAUUCCCUGUGGCAAGGCCUCGUCCAUCCUUCACGCAGAAACUUCCCAGGUGGUACUCAUCCGUCAGACACCGCCACCCCUAGGGUAUGGAUAAUGGGCUGUAGCACAAAGCAGAUACUGUAGUUGUGAUUAUAUAAGCACAUGGACACUGAAUACCUUAUGGUGGGUAGGCCGGUAUACAAGUCACACCUGCACAUGCCAACUAGGGAACAGAUCUGUCCCAAUGCUUGGCUGGAUCAUGGCGAAACCCAAACAACAGAGGCUGUGUCCUGGGCUAUCCCUCAAAUGUAUACUUCAUUAAGGAGAGGAAACCUGUUUAGGUGACUUUCUUGGUGCUCUACCCUAGCCAGUCGAGGUUUUUGCAGUACGAUGCCCGUAAAGAAAUGUUUUACGUGCCGACACUGCAGUGACACCACUGGUUUCUAUGGUGGUGCGCCUAAAACGUUGCUGUUACCGAGGACCGCCCCAGUCCCCCAUGGGGCUGAUUUGACAAUAUUUCGCCAUGCUAGAUACCUGCCUCGACAAUAAGAGCAAUUACAGCGCAAGUGUUUAGUCCGGUUUUGUACCUCCCGCGACGUGUUAGCCGGCACCAUGUCAGUCGUCUUGCACCGUGCGCCGAGCACUUUCAGGAACUGCAGAAGUUUCGCUCCACCUGGUCAGGAGCUUCUUUCAUUCUGAACACCGAAGCGAGAAACACGUCGGAGAGCGACAAGCAAUUUGGGCUGCGCCGUGCACAACGGAGGUCGGUAGGGGUGGUGGUGGGGGGGGGUAGUCUCGCCCGCUUAACAGUCAGCCUACGGAGUAGUGAUUUUUUUUGCGUUGGCGCGAUGUUUUUUGCUGGGGGACGCCGAUAGCCAUGCACGGGGGCGGCGCCGCCGUCUCAACCCCGAACUCAGGGACCCGUUAACUGCGCUCGCCGUUUUGUCUCCGCGCCAGUUCUCUCCCGCAGUAUGUGACUUUCUCGUGGUAUUUUUGUUGUCGUCGUUUCGUCGUCCUUGAGCUGCCUUGCCUUUUUAAAAAUGACAACGUAAUAAUUAAGUACUUAUAAUCCCUUAAUCUAUGUUGAGCCUAAAUGCGUUCGUAACCUGUUGUGGGGCCCGAGGUGGUGCCAGCCCUCUCUGUUGCAUCUCUGCAAGCCUUGUGCCCUAAUGGCUGAAAACUAAAUUAAAAGUUAAUUUUAAAUUAACAAAGAGCCGUUUCCAUUGGUGGCGCCCGAGCCACUGGUGACAUUUCUGCAUUCCAAUGGCAGCUGCCAGCAUCCCCAUGGGAUUACCAAUUCUGACCUCCCACAAAGCAUUACUUAUUUUAACCCCAAGGAAGCAUGAUGGGUUGAAUCGACCCCCGACUUUGGAUCCGAACUGCGACAUUCUGAACGCAACAGCAGAUUACUCUCCAGAGCGCCGAACGGCUGGAUUGAUGCAACACCGGUUGAGGAUUUGGUGAGCUUUGGUCUACUAAGCCCCAAUGUGGGGUAAUUCUGUUGUCGUCGUUUUUUGGCGUUGCCCAGUGGCAAUUUGGCUCAGAACCGCUUCCUGUGUCUGAAGAACGACGGUGCCUUGGGCAGGUGUACACUCAGCGCAGCUGUGGAAGAGGUUUCGCAAUGGACAUUCAGAUGGCAAAUACCACAAGUCUGGGAUAAUGUUACGAGUAACCCUGAUUAACAUUAGCUUAAGGUUAAUGGUAUUAAUUAUUUUAGCCUUGGUUUAGACUUAAGAUCGCGUGGGUAAUUAACGCAACGGGAUCAUAUUAAACUCAGAUAUAUCUUUCAGAAAGUAAUUGGGCGCUUUGGAAAUGUUCAUGUUGAACGUCAUUGGCGGCAAAUAGUGUCUUAUGGAAGAUUUAUUGAAGUGUUAGUCAAUCAGCCUAAAGUGCAUACUUAAAGACCAACAUAUCCUUUAGUCUGGGGUUUAUACAGCCAAUACAACUUUUCAUCGUACAAACAUCCAAUACGGCGCUGUUUGUGCAACUUAUCGCCGUUUAAAAAUUACUCGGAACCCAAGCAAUGAACCCUGCGCCUGCGUGAACCUAGUGUGGUACAUUUUUAUGCACCCUUUGUUGACAGUAGAGCUGGACUAGCCAAUCAUUGAGCCAUUAUCAGUUACAGAGGCUCUGAUCUGCUAAAUAUCGGGAGAAAAAAAACAUGCAUAUAUUUGGGCAGGGGUGGGGGAAAGUCUCAUCCCCACGGUCACGACGUGCGCUACUGGAUGGGAGGUGAUGGGCAGGGCCUUGUGGUGUUCUCGGCAUCGGCCUCAUGUUUGGGCGUGGAUUCGCGUGGAGUUUUCCUGUGGCUUGCGCUACUUGUAAAGGACUCCGAGUAAUCGACUGCACAAAAUGUUGGAUUAUAUAAAUACACACGCACGGACCUACAGCUCGAGUUGAAAGCAAAUACAAGCACAGCGCGUGUGCAUUGUUGUGAAGCCAAAGUUAAAUAGCACAGCAUACUACUAGUUCCGUAGCCCCAUUGCAGGGCCAAACCAUUUUCCUUUAUAUAAAUAAACACGACGCUGUACCCAUCAAGAGAAUUGGUCGUCUUACAAAGUCACAUUACGCCUAUUUGACCAUACUUCACCACGCUGCUAAAUGCAGAGUGGAAGGGUUGGGGAGCAUUAACAUGACAGCAUGCUACAGUGCAACUUAAGUUGCCAUGCUGCCCUCAGCAGACAGCCUAUAACUGCGUUGCCCUGCAGUGUCACCACUGAACACCACCCAAGUUCUCUGGCGUACCCGGACUUUGAUUAAUUUGGAGGGCCAUCUAUGUAGUCAAGGUUCUGCAUUUUUUUAUUGUUGUUGCCUUGUAGCCAAUUUCAGACGCGCUGCUGCAGCAGCGGUGUGGCGGUUAGCAGCGCCAGUCUGAUUCUCCAGGCACGGCAGCUCAAACUGUGGUGCAAUUAUCUUAAAUUCCUCUGUCCAUGUCUACCCAGAAGUAUGAAAAGUGUUUAAAUGACAGUCAAUUAGUGGGUAAAGUGUGGGUACUCGCCUCUUCCAAGAUAUCUGGUCAGCGUGGAAGAGUAGGCCAAAAUAUACGCCAGGGAGAGGGGGCUUUUUAACUCCCUAUGGUGGAGGCCUUUCCACCAGCAGUGGUGGCAUUUGCAGGUCUGCGCCUUUAGGAAGCGAGUUUGGAUUUUCACGACAUCACAAGUUCAGUGUUGACUGCAGCUCUCCACUUUGUGAUGUUUCAGAGGAAAGCACACGUUUGAAUCUGCUCCAUCUACUUCAUGUACAUUUGCUUUGAUCCUUGUCUGUAGCCUAAUGAUAUCCUUGUCCUAAUUAAUUCGUUUUUGCGGGUUGUGUAUUAUACAUGUUGUUUUUUAGUGUGAGUGAUAGCGCUAACUUAAACUUUCGGUAUGGUUUACAAUUCAUCGUUGCUAAAGUGUAUAACUGAGAGCGCGUGGCGAUCAUUCGAUUGUGUCGAGGGAUUGUUGUGUAAGUGAAACUGCUGGUACGCGUCAGUGUUAGUGUGAUGGAAGAGUUACUGCCCUUGCUCCCACGUCUACGGAGGCUUGGAUUUAAUUCCUUUUGGACAAGUUUGCAUAUCCCAUCUCCAGUAUGCCACUUAUAUUUCGCCCUGCAGUAACCAUUGUGGGUUUAACAAUAGACAAUGAUAGAGAUUGUUAGCCAAGCUAUGCAUGUAAGAAUCUGAUUUUCAAUUCCUCAUACUGGAUAGCUCCAAUGAUGCAUAAUCCUUUUUCCUGCAGGUGCGACAGAUUGAGGACCCCCCCCCCCCCCCAAUUGCCUGCAGCUAUAUUACUGCCACCAAGUAGCAAAGCACUUGUGCCAGGCUAGGUGCACUUAAAGGCCACAUGAAGCUCACCCAUAGGAGUUCACAGGACAGACAUAAAUUUCCAUAGGACUUCCCAGGACAAAUCUAGAUGUUUUGGGUUAACCAAUUUAUCAUUACCUGGUACACAUCCAAUAUAGCCAAGGUUAUAUACUGUACACUUACAAUUCAUGCCUUUUAUUGGUUAUUGCAUAUUUGUACACGUAAAAAAAUAUUUGGUACGUUGUACAUUUAAAGUAAAGAUACACACACACAUACCCCAGUGCCAUUCAGUAUAUUAGACCCUACUUGCUGCAUCACCAAAUACCACCAUACCGUGCACCACACUGCACUCCUGUACAUACAACGGAUUCCCCCAUUAAGCUGCCUGGCCAGGAGUUGAACCCGGGUCACCGUGUGAUUGAACCACUGCUCCCCAUUACAUUACACAUGCACACCCACGGCACGACAUGCAAGUCCCAAUUAGCAAAUUAAUUGAAUCUGUACCCGCGGAAGAAAUCCAACGUUCCCGAGACGUGUGCAUCUUGGACAUUCUGACCUUCCCAAUUACCCUCCCCGAUCCAUAUUUCAACCCUAAACCUCCAGGGUGCAGUUCCUAGUGAGUUUUCUCGAGAGUAUUAUGUUGUACGGACUGCAACUCCCUUCCCGCACUGCACCCCACAGCAGCCUUACAAGGUCGCCCGGAUAUGUACUCCGGGCGAGCCGCGUGUCGCCGCCCCUGUUCCUUCUGUCAGUGUACAUAUAAAUUAAACUACGCGGAAAGCCCAACUGGUCUCUGCGCGCUCCUUUGUCAUUCAUUAUCGGCGGCGAUGGCUUAAUCAAUAAAAGCAAGUCUGUCAUUGUG